UCAACAUUUUGUUCAUCGAAUCGAAUGGAACAUGGCGGUGCUAGGCAGGAUGUGCAUAAGUUUUUGAUUUUUGCAUUUUUAACGAGUUGCUUAUAUCAGUUAACUUUCUAAAUAAUUUCUGACUUAUUUCGUGUGUUAUAAUAUUUGUUAUAGUGUAAAAGCUUAUUCACCCCAGGAAUUUCCUGUCUGGACUUACUUAGUUCUGCAAUGAAAAUUAUUAUUCGUUGGUAGUGUAAAAAUAAUUGUGACAAAUAUAUCACUUUGCUUCAGGUAUAAAAGUGCAAGCUAGGUGCAGGGCGCAGGAUGUAGACAGGGGCGGUGGUAGUGCGGGGCGGGGGCCGGGGGCCCGUCCGCCAGUCAGCUGUGCAAAGUGUCAUGUUGUCGCGUCGCACCGUACCGACCCGUGGGAAGUGGCCUAAAUUGUGCCCCUCCAUUGAAUCUUGAAAUUUGAUUCUGUUAUUGUUGCAAACUCUCUUAUAAAAGAUAUAUGGCAAUUUGCUUGAAUUAGUAGAUUGCUAUUUAACAUGUAAAAAAUACUUGAGUAUUUAAGUUAUGUAGAUGCAGAUAAAAUUUUUCCUUUGUGGUAAACAAGUUUUGUGUGCCGUGUUGGUCAUGGCUACGCUCAUCCAAGAGAAUGGUAUAAAGGAGCUAAGUAAAGGCACACACGGAGUUGUGCCUAACCGUGGUAUAUCUUCACAUAGUGUAACAAAUCAUAUGGUGCCUGAUCAUGAAUAUUGCGAAGCUGGCUCAACUAGCACAUCACAGAUGCAGUGUACCGAGACAAAUGAGGCGAUGGCGCCACCCACCGCCAUUGAAGAAGAGGAAGAUACCCCAGAAAUAGAUAUAAUGAUAAACAAUGUUGUGUGCAGUUUUAGUGUUAAGUGCCACCUGAACCUUAGACAGAUAGCAUUAAACGGUGUUAACGUUGAAUUUCGCCGCGAGAACGGCAUGGUAACUAUGAAGUUACGGCGUCCAUACACUACUGCGUCCAUCUGGUCGUCCGGCCGCGUGACGUGCACUGGUGCAACCAGCGAGGACCAAGCGAAGGUUGCCGCACGACGGUAUGCGCGUGCACUUCAGAAGCUAGGCUUCCAAGUGCGUUUCCGCAAUUUCCGUGUAGUCAAUGUAUUAGGCACCUGUCGGAUGCCCUUUGGUAUAAGGAUCAUAUCUUUUUCGAAAAAAUACAAGGAAGCAGACUAUGAGCCGGAGCUCCAUCCUGGAGUCACAUACAAGUUAUACAAUCCUAAAGCUACACUCAAGAUAUUCUCUACCGGUGGUGUGACUAUCACAGCUCGGAGCGUGAGUGACGUACAGUCGGCCGUGGAACGCAUCUUUCCGUUGGUGUACGAGUUCCGCAAGCCUCUAACUCCGGCGGAUGAGGAGUUGCUGCGACAAAAGCGUGCAGCCCGCGCCGGCGUGCCAGCUCCUGCGCCCCCGCCCGAUGAUGACCCCAUGCAUUUGGUGACGCUGUCGGACGACGACAACGAUGCCUGGGAAUGACGCGCAGGGGCCGCGCGCGCCUCCGCCGCCCACUGAAGCUCCCGACGCGAAGCCCCGUGCGGGAACAAAACGAACUUUUAUAUUGGCAUCGAAGCAAUAACAGUCGGUUGUUAGUGCGAUCGCGUGUGACUCGUCGGCGAGCUGUUCGGUUCAUGCCAAAGAUAUUUAUUAGGGAAGGUGCUUCGCGCCUGGUCCGGUCUGCGCGCGACCACGACCUCUCGGCUGAACGUUCUGCGAAGCACCCAUGCUUCUUUACCCUUCGUAUGUACGAUUGUAUCGUUUUUGUGAUGACCUGUGACCUCUUUAGUAUGCGUAGAUGAAGUCGACUCGUUUACGUUGAAACCAAAAUUGUCAUAAAAUUACAAAAAAAUGUUCAAAAUAAAUCUCGAUAACGAUACUCAGUCUCGUUUUUUCAUUUGCCGUUAUGAUUGUAGAAUUUGUAGUGAUAAUAGUGUUCAAUAAGAUUUGUUCUAAGAAAGAGAUGACUGAACGAUAGAUGUUAGUGAUUGUAAAUAUGGAAGCUUCGACAUUAUACGUUUCAAUAAAAA